AUGACUACGUUGCAGAAAAAAACCCAUGUCCCGAAAUUUGGGGACUGGGACAGUGAAAAUAUAUCCUACACUGCUUGUUUUGAGAACGCUCGUAAAGAUGGGGUGAAGAGGAACCCAAAUGAUCCCGAAGAGAACCCGGAGGCCUUCAAGGCCAUGCUAGAUUUCCAAGCGGCACAGCCUCCAUACAAUGGCAUGAGUUCCAGCAGCACAUCAAGAACCUUGACAAACCCUAAAGCAGACCAAACUGAGGGAGACGCAGGCCAUGGGGCGCAUCGACGAAAGACUUCUGUAGGGAGCCGCAAGAGUAACACGUCAGAGUCUGGCAGUGAAAGGAGCAACUCAGAUUAUUCACUGUUGCAUCAACAACAGUCAAGACACAGACGUGAGAGAUCUGAUAGAAGAAAGAGUAGUUUGGCUUCGUCUGGAACUGGAAGCGAUCAUAGCAGCAUGUCCCAUUCUCAGAGCAAGCCUAAGAGUACUACCAGUAGCCAUCACUCUCACUCUGAUCUUCUUGGUCACGACACUCAUACUAGAGUCGCGUCAAUACCCAAGUUUGGGGAUUGGGAUGAAAAAGACCCCCACUCGGGAGAAGGUUUUACUUACAUAUUCGAGCAAGUGAAAGAAGAAAAAAAAACUGCAUCACAAUUUCCCAGUAUGCCCCAACAACAACCAGUCAAUCAUUUAAAUAGUGCAAAUAAACGUGGAAAAUCUUCUUCCAAUUCCAAAUCAAAGGAGCAAACUACUAAUAUUUAUGUUCUUUUGUUCUUUCGCAGAGUUGGUGCUGUCUAUUUUGAAGUGAAAGGCAGUGACAUGGACAUGGCUUUGCUUUGGGUCUAUUUUGAAGUGAAAGGGAGAAGAAAAGUUUAA